CACAAACCACAAGAGAUUACACAGUAUCUCUAAGCUUCACAAAAUGAGUCUCUCCAAAAGCCUAUCCAUUUUCUUCUCCCUUUUCAUCACUCUCUGCUUUGGUCUAGCCCAUGCAGCUAGAUUUGACAUAACAAACAACUGUCCUUUCACAGUUUGGGCCGGGGCUAAGCCCGGUGGUGGUAGGCAGCUUAAUCGAGGUCAAACAUGGAACCUUGAUGUUAAUGCUGGCACUACACAAGCUCGCAUUUGGCCUCGAACAGGGUGCAGUUUCGACGGUUCCGGACGUGGCAGAUGCCAGACCGGUGACUGCGGCGGGCUUCUCCAAUGCCAAGGCUAUGGUGCAGCCCCAAACACCCUUGCUGAAUUUGCACUAAACCAACCCAACAAUUUGGACUACUUUGAUAUCUCCCUUGUUGACGGGUUUAAUGUUGCUAUGGAAUUUGGCCCCACAUCUAAUGGGUGCACCACCCGUAGUAGAAGAUGUACUGCUGAUAUCAAUGGGCAGUGCCCCAGUGCGUUGAGGGCUGAUGGCGGCUGUAACAAUCCAUGUACCGUCUUCAAAACCAACGAAUAUUGCUGCAAUUCUGGAAGCUGUCAACCUACAGAUUAUUCCAGAUUUUUUAAAGCUCGAUGCCCUGAUGCUUAUAGUUACCCACAAGAUGACCCAACAAGCUUAGUCACGUGCCCUGGAGGGACUAACUACAAGGUUGUCUUCUGCCCUUGAGGUAGUACUUCAAGUGGAAGGAAACUAGCUACUAGCUAGUAAUAUAUAAAUUAUAUAAUAAUGUGUGAUGUAAUAAAAGCUUAAAGGCUUUGUGUGCACACGUACGUACACGUGUGCAGAAGCCAUAUUACGUAUUCACGUAAUUGGUUGCAAUAAAAUCACGCUCAUAUGUCUAUUUGUAAUUCGGUUUUAUUAUUGGUGAACCAUGUUUGCAACUCUCUCAA